AUGUCGUGGUUCUUCAAUUGUCCUUUCCGCGUGUUUGCGGCCGCAGUAUUACUUCGAGCUGUUCUCCUUUUUUACGGUCUCUAUCAAGACUCUCAUUCGCCCAUGAAAUAUACCGAUAUCGACUAUUAUGUUUUCACCGAUGCUGCCAAAUUUGUUUCUGAAGGCCAGUCUCCAUACGACAGAGCAACUUACAGAUAUACGCCUUUGCUUGCAUGGAUCCUGUUACCCACCACCUGGACAAGCUUAGGUGGCCAGCAAGUCUGGUUCUCGUUUGGGAAAGCUUUAUUUGCAAUCUCCGAUAUCAUUGCCGGAUGGCUGAUUCUACAUGUCCUCCGUUCGCAUCAAAAAAUGGACAUGGAAAGGGCACUCAAAUUUUCAAGCAUCUGGCUACUCAAUCCGAUGGUUGCUACGAUCAGCACUCGAGGAAGCUCAGAGGGCUUCUUGUGCGUCAUGAUAAUGGCGUUACUCUGGGCUGUAUUGGAGAAACGUAUAACUCUCGCUGGCGUACUUCUGGGCUUGGGAGUGCAUUUUAAAAUAUACCCAUUCAUAUAUGGGGCUUCGAUUAUCUGGUUUAUGGAAAACAAGGAAAACGACAAAUACAACAAAUCAGAAGGGUUUACUAUCAGCAACCUGGCCAAUUAUGUCUGCCGGCUUCUUACGCCUCAGCGUAUAAUCUUCGGCUUGACUUCCCUUGGGGUUUUUGCAGCCUUGAACAUCUCCAUGUACAUGCUUUACGGCACCCCUUUCUUACAACAUACCUAUCUUCACCAUGUCACCCGCGUCGACCAUCGCCAUAACUUUUCCCCUUACAACAUGUUACUCUAUCUCUCCUCAUCUGAAAUCUCCCAAGGUAUCCCUGGAAAUAACUUUGAAUCACUUGCCUUUAUACCACAAUUAGGGCUUUCGGCCAUUCUUAUCCCGCUCGCAUUGGCGAAGAGAGACCUUGCAGGAAGUAUGUUGAGCCAAACAUUUGCAUUCGUUACUUUUAAUAAGGUCUGCACAAGCCAGUAUUUUCUCUGGUAUCUCAUAUUUCUACCACUAUAUCUUCCUUAUUCAUCGCUCAUCAGACAGCCACUCUUCGGAAUCACCGUCGCUGCCCUGUGGGUAGGAGCGCAGGCACUCUGGCUUCAUCAGGGCUUCCAGCUUGAAUUCCAUGGAGUUUCAACGUUCGUUCCAGGGUUGUAUCUCUCCUCGCUUGCUUUUUUCGCUAUAAAUAUUUGGAUUCUUGGGAUUAUUAUUUCGGAUAUCAAUCAUCUCCCUCAGGUAAGAGGAGAUAAUGAUCACGGUAAAGCUAAUAAACCGAGUCCCGCACCGACCAAAAAAGAUAUAUAG